AUGAAUGAUCAAGAAAUUGAAGAUUAUACUCAUGAUGAGAAUACUCAUGAUGAGGAUUAUAUUCCUGAUGAAAAUUUUACUUAUGAUGAAAAUGAUGAACCAGUAUUUAGUAGUAAUGAAAUAGCUAACUCUACUAAUUCCACUCCAGUAUCAACUAAUCAGUUAGAUGAAAGCCCUGUGUGGCUACAUUUUGAAAGAAGUUCUGACUAUGCACCAGACUCUAAU